AUGGACGAAUUGAGAGGCACGGGUCGCCCUACAGAGCCAGUCGAGCCAUGCUCAACUGACUUUCAGCAUGCACAUUACACGUUCGACUUUGCUCAGAACUUGUGCCUGCCACACCACAGUCGCCAGAUGGGACCUAUGUACUUUGUCACUCCCAGAAAAGUUCAUUUAUUCGGGUUUCGGGACGACGCCCUUCCGAUUCAGUAUAAUUUUCUAAUCGACGAAGCCGAGACUAUGAUGCAGGAUGUAGGUGGCAUUCACGGGCCAGAUGCUGUAAUUUCGCUCGUGGAUUACGCUCUGACAGAGUUUGGGCACGGGAAGAGAGUGACUCCUCUUCAUGCAGACAAUUGUGGCGGACAAAACAAAAACCGCUACCUGCUAGCGUACUUCUGCUGGAGGACCAUAAUCGGCCUUAACGAGGAGAUACGCUAUUUGAUGCAGGUAGCAGGUCAUGCCAGGUGCAUAAUAGACGCUGGGUUCGGGCGAAUCAAGGCGCUUUACAGGCGAACGGACUGUGAAACCUUGAGCGACCUAGCGGCAACCCCGGCUGUGUGUGCCUGCAGAGCGGCGUAUACUGCGUCUGGUACGGAAUGUGGCGGUAAACGUAAGUACAACCUAGGCGCAUAUUGUAACACAGCAGCAACCCGGCUGUGUGUGCCUGCGGAACGGCGUAUACUGCGUCUGGUACGGAAUGUGGCGGUAAACCGGCAACCCCGGCUGUGUGCCUGCGGAGCGGCGUAUACUGCAUCUGGUACGGAAUGUGGCGGUAAACGUAAGUACAACCUAAGCGCAUAUUGUAACACAGCGGCAACCCCGGCUGUGUGUGCCUGCGGAGCGGCCUAUACUGCGUCUGGUACGGCACGUGGCGGUAAACGUAAGUACAACCUAGGCACAUAUUGUAACACAGCAGCAACCCCGGCUGUGUGUGACUGCGGAACGGCGUAUACUGCGUCUGGUACGGCAUGUGGCGGUAAACGUAAGUACAACCUAGGCACAUAUUGUAACACAGCGGCAACCCCGGCUGUGUGUGCAUGCGGAGCGGCGUAUACUGCGUCUGGUACGGCAUUUGGCGGUAAACGAAAGUACAACAUAGGCGCAUAUUGUAACACAGGAGCAACCCCGGCUGUGUGUGCCUGCGGAGCGGCGUAUACUGCGUCUGGUACGGCAUGUGGCGGUAAACGUAAGUACAACCUAAGCGCAUAUUGUUACACAGCGGCAACCCCGGCUGUGUGUGCCUGCAGAGCGGCGUAUACUGCGUCUGGUACGGAAUUUGGCGGUAAACGUAAGUACAACCUAGGCGCAUAUUGUUACACAGCGGCAACCCCGGCUGUGUGUGCCUGCGGAGCGGCGUAUACUGCGUCUGGUACGGAAUGUGGCGGUAAACGUAAGUACAACCUAGGCACAUAUUGUAACACAGCGGCAACCCCGGCUGUGUGUGCCUGCAGAGAGGUGUAUACUGCGUCUGGUACGGCGUGUGGCGGUAAACGUAAUUACAACCUAGGCGCAUAUUGUUACACAGCGGCAACUCCGGCUGUGUGUGCCUGCAGAGCGGCGUAUACUGCGUCUGGUACGGAAUGUGGCAGUAAACGUAAGUACAACCUAGGCGCAUAUUGUAACACAGCGGCAACCCCGGCUGUGUGUGCCUGCGGAGCGGCGUAUACUGCGUCUGGUACGGAAUGUGGCGGUAAACGUAAGUACAACCUAGGCGCAUAUUGUAAUACAGCGGCAACCCCGGCUGUGUGUGCCUGCAGAGCGGCGUAUACUGCGUCUGGUACGGCGUGUGGCGGUAAACGUAAGUACAACCUAAGCGCAUAUUGUAACACAGGAGCAACCCCGGCUGUGUGUGCCUGCGGAGCGGCCUAUACAGCGUCUGGUACGGAAUGUGGCGGUAAACGAAAUUACAACCUAGGCGCAUAUUGUUACACAGCGGCAACCCCGGCUGUGUGUGCCUGCGGAGCGGCGUAUACUGCGUCUGGUACGGAAUGUGGCGGUAAACGUAAGUACAACCUAGGCACAUAUUGUAACACAGCGGCAACCCCGGCUGUGUGUGCCUGCAGAGAGGUGUAUACUGCGUCUGGUACGGCGUGUGGCGGUAAACGUAAUUACAACCUAGGCGCAUAUUGUUACACAGCGGCAACCCCGGCUGUGUGUGCCUGCAGAGCGGCGUAUACUGCGUCUGGUACGGAAUGUGGCAGUAAACGUAAGUACAACCUAAGCGCAUAUUGUAACACAGCGGCAACCCCGGCUGUGUGUGCCUGCGGAGCGGCGUAUACUGCGUCUGGUACGGAAUGUGGCGGUAAACGUAAGUACAACCUAGGCGCAUAUUGUAAUACAGCGGCAACCCCGGCUGUGUGUGCCUGCAGAGCGGCAUAUACUGCGUCUGGUACGGCGUGUGGCGGUAAACGUAAGUACAACCUAAGCGCAUAUUGUAACACAGGAGCAACCCCGGCUGUGUGUGCCUGCGGAGCGGCCUAUACAGCGUCUGGUACGGAAUGUGGCGGUAAACGAAAUUACAACCUAGGCGCAUAUUGUUACACAGCGGCAACCCCGGCUGUGUGUGCCUGCAGAGCGGCGUAUACUGCGUCUGGUACGGAAUGUGGCGUUAAAUGUAAGAACAACCUAGGCGCAUAUUUUAACACAGCGGCAACCCCGGCUGUGUGUGCCUGCGGAGCAGCCUAUACUGCGUCUGGUACGGAAUGUGGCGGUAAACGUAAGUACAACCUAAGCGCAUAUUGUAACACAGCGGCAACCCCGGCUGUGUGUGCCUGCAGAGCGGCGUAUACUGCGUCUGGUACGGAAUGUGGCGGUAAACGUAAGUACAACCUAGGCACAUAUUGUAACACAGCGGCAACCCCGGCUGUGUGUGCCUGCAGAGCGGCGUAUACUGCGUCUGGUACGGAAUGUGGCGGUAAAGCUAAGUACAACAUUCGCGCAUAUUGUAACACAGGAGCAACCCCGGCUGUGUGUGCCUGCGGAGCGGCCUAUACUGCGUCUGGUACGGCAUGUGGCGGUAAACGUAAGUACAACCUAAGCGCAUAUUGUAACACAGCGGCAACCCCGGCUGUGUGUGCCUGCAGAGCGGCGUAUACUGCGUCUUGUACGGAAUGUGGCGGUAAACGUAAGUACAACCUAGGCACAUAUUGUAACACAGCGGCAACCCCGACUGUGUGUGCCUGCAGAGCGGCGUAUACUGCGUCUGGUACGGCGUGUGGCGGUAAACGUAAGUACAACCUAGGCGCAUAUUGUUACACAGCGGCAACCCCGGCUGUGUGUGCCUGCAGAGCGGCGUAUACUGCGUCUGGUACGGAAUGA